AAGACGGCCCUGUAGCCCCAUCGCCGCAUUUUUAGCAGUCAUUUUUUUGCGACAUAUAUAUUCUUCUUUGCUCUUCCGCCCCCCCACCCCGUCAUUUCAAGAGCCCCGCCUGCAGCUAUGAGUGACUCAGAGCGCAGUGUCCAUGAGCCGCCGCCGCGGAUGUCGAGGAUCACAUCCAACGUGUCCUUCCUGGUGGAGCAAGAGGAGAAAUCGGAACCUAUCGACCGACCGCCUUUGUUCCGGCUGCCCACUCAUCGGUUCCGCCAGGGCUCGACUGUAGUCUCGUCCACCGCAUCGACCCUGCAGCACGCCUCUCUCGAGCGCCGCUUCAUCCUCGCCUACCUGCACCGCUACUGGAUCGUCUACAUCCUUUUGCUGUGGCUGGCGGGGUGGGUGGAGGUGGCCCUGCAGAAGGAACUCAUCCAGUGGACCAAAUACGGGAUUGAGCUGUUGGCGUCGGGGGUCUUGACGGCGGUGCUUCUGCUCUUCCUGGGGACGAAUGUCGGGCUCAGUCACCGGGAGAAGGCGGGUUACCAGGUGGGCAUUCGUGUGCUGUAUGCGUGUAUUAUCGCCGUGCACCUCAUAAGUCGGCUCGCGCGGCGUCGGGAGAGGGCUGGAGCCCAGCACUCGCUGUGGAUCUACAUCGCCAUUGUGGCCAGCAGGUGAGGAACAGACAGAGACACGGAAAGAAACAAAGAAAGAGACAGAGAGAGAGAGAGAGAGAGCGAGAGAGAGAUGCAUCCGUGUCUCGCUUUCUCUUGUUUGGUGCAGGUUGCCUGCUACGUAUGGCCUUAUGGUUGGUUUGUCGUCCGUCGCGGUUGUGUCGAUCCUCAUGGCCUUCGACUCGCCCCCCAGCAUCGUGCAACUGGUCUUCACCAUGGCCUUCCAGCUGCUGGCUGUGGUCCGAACGCACAGAAAGUCAGACAAUACAAGAUAAAGGGACGCAAUUUCCUUGUCUGUGUGGCUGGCGGGCUGGCUGUGUAGGUGGGUAUGGGUGUUGCUGGAGCAAGGAAGACCGACAAGUGAGUCAAUGAGUGCCGAGCACGCACAGCGGGCAUGCACUGCAUUUGUUGACUACUGUUGCUUGCAGGACUCUUCAGGAGCUGUAAGCGCGUCUUUUGAUAUAUCCAUCGUCCACUUUUCCACACCUACACACACACAUACAGUCCCCUCCCUGUUCUCUCUGUUCGCUGGUCAGGUAUGACGUGUUUUGCAAGAUCCGCCUGCAUGCAUGCGACAGCAAAGACAACCUGGCGACCCGCAUCUUCAUCGGAGAGCAGUGGACGCCCGGCAAGACAUUCAGGCAAGCAUACCAUGGGUGGAUGCUUGGAUGGAUGGAUGGCUGGAUGGAUGGCUGUAUGCCUUCCUUCAUUCAAUCUGUCAGAGGAGUGAUCCAUCCGGUGUAUUUGCGGUUCAAGAAGGAGGACGCCGCGCAGUACUACGAGACCAUGCGGAUGCUGUCGGCCAUGGGCUAUUACAAAUCCUCACUCAGGUAUCUCGUCGCAAGCGUCACAUUGUGGACAUUGAGUCAGCUGGCGACUGCCUGGAUUCUCUAUGGCGAAUGGAAUCUCGCCAUGGACCCUCUGACUCGGGACUCUGCUCUGGUAAGCGAGUGAAGUUCACUCAGUGAACAUUCUUACGGAGACACAGUCUCAGUCUCUCUCUCUCUCUCUGUCUCUUUGUCUCUCUGUGUGCCUCUGCGUUUGCUAGGACAUGAUUAUUUUUGUGUUGUUUUGCUGGGUGACGGGCGUUCUGAGCUAUACAUUCAUAUCGGCGAGGAACAUCGAGCGGCUCGGUCUGCUGGUGGCCCUGCAGCGGCUGGCGUCCUCUUUCUGGCGGACGUAUCGGUUUGCUUCGCACGCCAACCCAUCGCUGUGCUUCGAGAUGACGGUGUUGAAUGUGAUUGGGAUCCACACUCUGCUGAAGGUGAGGUUCGACUACGUCAUCGCCAUCGACUUGGCUGUGCUGAUCGGAUCGAACGUGAUGCUCUGGGCGGGGGGCAGCUUCAAGUGAGUGGCAGGGCAGGGCAGGGCAGGGCAGAGCAGAGAACCACAUGCGCGCGCACAGACACAAAAUACAAUCUCUCGUCGUGACGUCGGCGUGUAGGCAUGUUGUGGAGAUGAAUUACACAUCAGGGCUGUGCGUGCUGCUGUGUAUGUACAAUGCACACCAGGUGACUGACUGACAAUACGGAACAUGGAUCAUGGGAAACAACGCAACGCGUUGCCUUUGUGUGCGCAGUGCGAGUACAACAAGCGGCUAUUUUUCACCGUCGUCAGCUUCCCUGGCCUCACCCGGGCCCACAUGAUGGUCAGCCAAAAUCCGGAUCAGCGCGGAUGAGCGCACCCAUUUCAUACUGUUUGUUGCUGUGCUGUCCACAGGCCAAGACUCGCAGCCGCGGCAGUUCUUCUCCUGGAGUGCCCGUCAUCUGCAGACCACGCCGACGGAGAACUGGGGCGGCAACGAGGAGCUGCACCAUCCGCUCUUUACCAUGAACAACAUGCCGCACACCAAGCAACUGCUCCAGGACGGCAGCUCACGCAAGACAGUGGCACUCAUCCGCAUGGCCACCAGAAGAGUCGCCAGCGUCGCCAAAUCAUACGCGCGAGCAAGUACAUAUGCCAAGUGAAUAACGAUUACCCGCCUCCCUGUCUCCACGUGGAUGUAUGCGUACGUUUCUGCGUGUGCAGACUCCCUUCUCUCGUUCACCAGCGGUCUCGAGUCAGAGACGCGGUCUGAAACAGAGAAGGACAACAUCAAGACGGCCAUCGCGAGGGACGGAGGGGAUGCUAGCGGCCGUGGGAAAUUGCGCAAGCUGAGGUCGGCACCGCUGGAGGGCGUAGGCGCACUUCACCAGUGUUCGGCCGGCACAGAUGCCGCCGAGAAUGCUGGUGUGGACGAGGGUGCUAAGGGAGAUGAGCGCGACUGCGCGUCGGACACGGAAGUGGUCGUAUUCAGCAGAUGGUCAGUCAGGCAGCAAAUACAACACAAAGACGAAUACAUCAUGAGCGGCUGAUUGGACCAUCAAUCAGGCGGUCUCGUCUGCUGUCUUUGGGCGUCUUACCGAGUAUGGUGGAGGACCUCUUGUCGCCUCUGGAAAACGUGCUCAACACCUACUUUCAGCAGUACCUACAGGAUAGCCCCUGGCUGCCGCGCGAAAGGCGACGGAUGUCCGACACGACAACGGCUUUCCCCCCACCGUCGCCCGCAAGGGAGAGCAGCGAGGCCACCUCAUGCAGCCCGCAGUGGAGAGCCGACCCGGUGUAUGGCCGGGCAGCUCCCAUCAGCCCCGGUAGAUGCGCUGCAGAAAUGGCCCUCAUUUCUUCACAAUAAUUAGAUCAUCUCUCUGUUGUGCAGGGUGCAUGAGCAUCGACGCGAUGGAGACGGGGUCCAUUCUGUCGGUGAGUGAGAAAUUAACAUGAAAAACUUUGAUUCCAGGGCGUGGAUGGGAUAUGGCACGUCACGCGUUCCCGUCAGGCGAAUCCUCGCACAAGUCUGGAGUCGAUAUCAAACCAGGUGAGUCAUCAACACAACAAGAUCCCAAUUUCCUCCUAUACCGCAUUUUGUCCCGUCUGUGUAAAGACUGCGAUGAUCCGCAACUUCCUCAGCUCCAUCAUCGGCGGCACACCGUCUUUCAGACCAGCGUAAGCCCAGCACAAUUACAUACCAAAGAGGAGAGACAAAUGCUUCUGGCCUGUGUCUGUCUUCUUCCCCUGUUCAGACGUGUCAAUUCUUUGAAGAGACCGUCACUUGUUCAGACAGGCAUAAGUGCCCAGGCGCAUGGCAGGGAACCCGUCGCGAAGAGGCCGCCAGAAAGCCCACCAAACAACUCACCGUGAGGACUGCACAGACAGAGAUACUUAGAUGAAGCCUCACAGUGGCAUGCUGGUACGAUAGGGUCUCUGCAACGAGCUCACAAAUGCGGCAGACCGUCAAGCUCCGGCGCAACUCAUCAAUGGACGUGCGAGGCAUCGGAGGGGCGCACUGCAACGCCCUCAACCCCAUGAGCCCCCGAUCCGCCCACCGACACUCUUCCCGACGGAUGCCUGACAGGCUCCUUACGUUGCCUUCUCUCAAGACCAUCGACGAGAGCCCCGUGCUCUUUCUGGCCAGGAGGGCGAAGAAGCGCGAGAGGGACUCUGUGUGCGUUGAUUCGAUCGGGGAUGAGAGCACGCAGAACGGGGAAAGGGAGAGAGACAUGGUCAUCCGACCACCGCCCGAGACAUGUGUGCCGCCGUUCUUUCUGCCGAGCGCCUGCGGGCCGCCUCAGUGUCAGAGACAGAAUGAGAAUGGGAAUGGGGAUUUGCAGGGGGUGGGGGAGGGCGGGGAUGAUGUGCUGCAUGAGCAGCUGUUUUGUGGCGACCACAUGGUGCUUGAGAGUUUCUCUCACUCGGGCAGCUCCCUGACCGCAGACGACAAGAAAGAGAGCGAUUGACCUUAUAGAUCUGAUCUGGUGUUGAUGCGUUCAGUGGAGAAUGAGGUGUGAGGGCUGAGCGCCUUUUUGCAGUCCGUAUGGCGGGUUGUAGACAUCACAUGUAUGCCGAGCUCGUAUCAUCUCCCUGUCUGUGUC